AUGUCCUCUCCCGUUCCCCUUCUGCGUGCUCCGCAGCCCGGUGGCCGCAGCCAGAGUGGUUCCCGAACACCAAAACUUACACUGGGUAUUCCACCAUCACCUUCGCAACGGCCCGUGACUGGCGAUGGUCAGCCUGCCGACGCAGUCCCAAAAUUCAGCCUGGCUGCGCAGGGAGGCCCUCCCAAAUUAUCCCUCGCAACACCCAUGGGCGGACACGGCCAGGUUCACCAAGAAGGAGGCUCUAAUCUCAGGCCACACGUCCAGCCUCUCAGCAUAUCGACUGACGCGUCACGGUCGCGAUCAGACAGCUUUCACAACAGUGUGCCAGGCUCUGCAUCGUCGUCCACAUACUCCAAGCUCUCACUUGACCUUGGCGGGAUUGGGCAGAAGUCUGGCACGCCUGACCCUAGCUCCGCCAUCAGCUCGGUGUACUCGGAGGCCGGUAUUGGCGGUACAGGCAUGGAACGAGAAGGGAGCAUGGGUGGUAUCUCAAUCGACUUCGAGAAGCUCUCCCUGGAGAAGGGCAGGCCGCUGGAUGUUGACGAUCUCGAUGACGACGGCUGGGCUGCCGCCAGCGAACAGAAGAAGAUCAUUGAGCUUGGCUCAUUAGGAGAAGGCGCUGGCGGCGCUGUAACACGGUGCAAACUCGAAGAUGGCGCCACGGUUUUUGCAUUAAAGAUCAUUACUACUUCGCCAGAUCCGGAUAUUAAGAGACAGAUUUUCCGCGAGCUUAAGUUCAACAAGAACUGUGCGUCGCCCUACAUCUGCCAGUACUACGGAACGUUUAUGGACAGGUCUUCCAGCACGAUUUCAAUAGCAAUGGAAUUCUGCGAGGGCGGCAGUCUCGACUCGGUCUAUCGUGAGGUCAAGAAGCUCGGUGGUAGGACUGGCGAGAAGGUCCUGGGUAAAGUGGCGGAAGGUGUCCUACAUGGUCUGACCUACCUCAACGACCGCAAGAUCAUCCAUAGAGACAUCAAGCCAUCGAAUAUCUUGCUCAAUCGACAAGGGCAGGUCAAGCUGUGUGACUUCGGUGUGUCCGGCGAAUUCGGCACUAAGGGUGAUGCCAACACCUUCAUCGGCACGUCAUACUACAUGGCGCCUGAACGCAUUCAGGGACAGUCGUACACCAUCACAUCCGACGUAUGGUCACUAGGUGUCACGCUACUCGAGGUUGCACAGCAUCGAUUUCCGUUCCCAGCCGAUGGCACUGAAAUGCAGCCAAGAGCGGGUCUAAUUGAUCUACUCACCUACAUCGUGGCCCAGGAUAUUCCCAAACUGAAGGACGAGCCCCAAAAUCAGAUCAAAUGGUCUGACGGCUUCAAGUACUUCAUCGAGUGCUGCUUGGAGAAGGAACCGCCCAGACGAGCGACUCCGUGGAGAAUGUUGGAACAUCCUUGGAUGGCCGAAAUGAAGAACAAAAAGGUCAACAUGCAGGCUUUCUUGAAGCAGGUUUGGGAUUGGAAAGACUAA